AUGCGUAUUAACGGUUUUCCAAGUAAUCCGCCUCCAAUGCUACAACUUGGUACCUUUUCUUCACUGGCUGCCCGCUCUUACAAGAAUAGGGCGUAUUUCUAUACCCGCAGGCCGAACCCCUGGAACUACAUGCCAGUAUGGCUGAACACCAUCCGUCGUUUUCAAACAAGCACUGUGUCAACUAUUCCAGUUGGCCCUGAAAAGUACACCGGCAAAUCCGGCCGUGAUUAUAAGAUUGAGAAAACACUGCAAGAAGAAACAUUCCCUCCACUUAGGGUCUGUCUUGCUACCGCGGGAGAUCAAAAGUUCAUACUGAAAUACAUUCACCCGGUUAAUUUCGAGGAUCUUCAAGACCUGAACAAUCGACUACUCGGUGCGACUCAUGUUCGAAUUCCGCAAGAUGUUCUUCCUGGGAGAUCUAUGUUCGUUUUUGAGUACUUUACGGGUCAUCUCCUACGCAUUGCUCAGUACGAUUUGCCCCUUGAAAUGACAAAAAGGAUUCUCAAGGAUGCUCUUCGUGGACUUGCAGAGCUUCAUGACCGCGAUAUUGUACAUACGGAUAUCAAAGCGGACAAUAUUUUCAUUGACUGGAAGGGUCACGGCAAGGAUAUUGUUAUUGAUCGAGUUCAGCUGGGAGACCUUGAAGAUGCAGCAUAUAUCCCACCUGGGUCGCAGAUUGUUGGAAAGCAGGCAGGAAACCAGAUGUGGAGGAGCCCUGAAGCCCAUGCGUCAGGGCCUUUGAACAAAUCGUCUGAUGUUUUCUCCUUUGCUCUUGUGUGUAUCUGUGCCAUAUAUAAACGCGUUAUAUUUGCCGUUGGAGAAGAGGAGCUGGACGAUGGGGUUCACCCCCUGUCCAUUGUAAUUGAGCGCCAAAUCUCAUACUUUGCAGAUAACGACGGAAUAGACGGACUCUUAAAACACCUUGGGGAUAGUCCUUGGGUUCAAGUUUUCGAAGUCAUUCGGGACGGUUUCAACGAGGAGAACCCGCGAAGACCUUUUUCUCUUUGGAAGAAUGUUGAUGAAGACUUUAAGAGUCUUAUCUGCGCCAUGACAAAAUUAGACCCCGGAAAGAGAAUUACUGCCCAUGAGGCACUGGCGCACAAAUGGUUUGAGUGCGUUUGA